GCAACUGUUUCAUCAACAAAGAUCAUCUGUCAAAAUCAACACGGUAAAGCCAAACAAUGCCCCCGCUGAUGUAGCUGAUGAUGAUUGGUUGGAUCAACCAAACAUAGCCAAUUACGUAACCCUAGUUGGAGGGUAAUGUUUUCAUUAGUAUUUACCCCACUUCAUUCCUAAGCCAAUAACUGCUAAUCAAUGGAACAUACAAGACGCAAUACAUUAACAGAAAGAAAACUGUGAAAACUUACUAGGAAUAAAAAUAUAAAAUGCUUGCACUAUGGAAGAAGAGAAAAGAUAAGAACAAGAACUGACAAGAUGAGGACAUCUAACAUGAUAAGUAGUGUGCUUUGGUUGGUGUUUAUUACUGGAGUCUCAGGACAUUCCAUAGAGUCUGGAAAGAGGGGACAACAUAAGAACCACCCAGAGAAACGUGAUCGUGUAAACGAAGAGAUCACGAAUGAAAUCAGCACCAAUCCAGGGAGAAAGCACCAUAACCGUGCAAAUGGAGGGACGUCAAAGAAAGUGAAAAUAACAAAGAAAUCCAAAAAGGAUUGCUGCAACGGUAACGGCAUCUGUUACCUUGGAAACUUUUGCCAUUGUGAUCAUCGCUACUAUGGGCGUUAUUGCGAGUACUACCUAGAGCAUGAGUUCUGCGGCCCUGAGAUAGAACAUGGUACCUGGCACCCAACAGGCUGCUUCAUGUGCUUCUGUUUCAACGGGGAGAUGGACUGCAUGAGACAGAAACGAUUCGAUACAUGCACUAUGGAAGAACCUUUCCCCGUGUUUCCAUGGGAGCAAAACUCAGUACAAGACACUGACACAGUGACACAUGCCAACAAGAAGACACAUCACCAUAUCAAGAAGACAAAUCACCAUAACAAGAAGACACAUCACCAUAACAAAGAGACAACUGAAUACAACACAGGGACACAACAUAGGACACACCAUGCGUUGUUUAUCACACUCAGUCUCAUGGUGAUACAAUUGCUGUAUAUAUUUUAAGUGCAAUUUUAAAUAAUAGAAGAUGCCAUGAACAUUAAUGGAACUAUUUUUAGUAUCAAUAUAAAAAUAAAUGAGGGUCAUAUUGGUCCUGGAAUAUGCAAUACCAGAAUUGACUGACUAAAUAUUGGAUAUAGAUGUACAAUUUUAAAGACGAGGAGGAUGGGGUAUCGUUAAGAGGAAUUUUAGUACUUGCACUUCAUGACUCCACUGAAAGUAAACGUAGUCUGAAAUGAUAACAAAUAUGAUAUAUCUAUGAAUAGACAUUACUUUAUUUUUACAAGAAUACUAAUUGUCCUGUAAACCAGUUAGAAUGACUGAUUUACAUUAUAUUGCUUUUAGACUACAAGAUAUUUUCAUACAGUAAAACCUGUAACCCCAAAAGCCUCUGGGACUGGUAAAAAGUGUUUGGAUUGGCAGGUGU